AUGGCAGCAGCCGCGGAGAUUUAUGAGGAGGUGGAGGAAGCAGGAGGAGGAAGAGGUGCCCAUGGAGGGAGAGGUGGCCAUGGAGUGGGAGGAGGGCGCGGGGUGGCCGGGGUUGGCCGCGGAUCUCUGAAUCUGGCCCCGGGAGGAUUAGGCCAUGGUUCUGAGGCCGCUCGAGGGGGAGGAGGAGGCCAUGGUUCUACUCUAGGAGGAGGACGCCGCGGUUCUUCUCCGGGAGCAGGAGGCCAUGGAUCAUCGCCAGGAGGAGGCCAAGCCUCGGUGGGAGGAGCCGAAGCCACAGCGGGAGGAGUCCAAGCCGCGCCCGGAGGAGCCCCAGCCACGUCCGGAGGAGUCGAUCCAAUUCGCAACAUCAACAGGUACUUGAUGUCUGGUGCUGGAACCGACUGGCUCCCUCCGGAGUGCGAUAUCUCCAUCAGGCCCGGUUGGUUUUGGCACAGGAACGAGGCUCCAAAAUCCCUGGAGCAGCUGCUCGACGUUUUCUACAAAUCAUCCGCCAGGAACUGCUUGCUCCUGCUCAACGUCCCUCCAAACUCGUCGGGACUGAUUGACGAAUCCGACUUCCAGACGCUGGAGCGGUUUAGCUCCGCCAUAGAUUCCAUCUUCAGUGUCAACUUAGCAGCGAAUCCCUUGUCCGUGACAGCAAGCCGCGUUCGCAGCUCUUCGUUCGGGCCGAAGCAAAUCCUUGACGAGUGUAUGGAAACUUUCUGGGCUCCAAUGCAAGGGGAGUCGACCGGCUGGAUCGAGCUUGAUCUUGGCAAGGUCUCAAAGUUCAACGCACUGGAGAUCCGAGAGCCAGUAAACAUGGGACAAGGGGUCAUGGAAUAUCACGUCGAGGCAUGGGACAGCGAGCUGGGCUGGUACCUGGUGAGCAACGGUAGCACCAUUGGUUACAGGAAAGUGGAUCGACUGGAAGAGGAUCAAGAAUGCGCUGCUCGGCUCGUUCCGACUGCUGAUUGA